GCCGCUAUCUGGCUGACAUCAGGAAGAAAUCCUAACCAGGAGAAGGACGCCGCUCCGCUCAUCCUAUAAAAUUCAGAUUGUUCGCAAGCUGUACGCCGUCUUAUGCUCCUUCUGCGGAACAGUGUGGAUUUUAUUAAAGAGGGGAUUUUUCUCCAAAUAAUUAUUACAGAAAAUUCUUUUUUAUUUUUUACUUGAUGCUUUUGCAUAGUCGGGCGUGAUAUAAAGAAGGUGAGAUCGCGGCCGCUCCUUCCGAUUUGGGUGGAAAUGUCGAGCGAGAAGCCGGUUUCAGUACCGGGUUCGGUCUCGCUCCCGGACCGCGAACCACCUCCGGGACAUGGGCAGCAAGUGGCUACGGGCUCUGUGACCGGGGACAUGAUGGUGUCCGGUUCGGGUUCGAUGGUUCUGCCGGCCGGGGUGAUCAACCCGUCGGUUCCGAUCCGGAAUAUCAAGAUGAAAUUCGCCGUUCUCAUCGGUCUGAUCCAGGUCGGGGAGGUUAGCAACAGAGACAUCGUCGAGACGGUCCUAAAUCUGCUCGUGGGUGGCGAGUUCGAUCUGGAGACCAACUUUAUCAUCCAGGAUGCGGAGAGCAUCGGCUGCAUGGUGGAGCUGCUGGAGCACUGCGACUUGCCCUGCCAGGCUGAAAUGUGGAGCAUGUUCACGGCCAUCUUGCGCAAGAGCGUGCGUAACCUGCAGACCAGCACCGAGGUGGGCCUCAUCCAGCAGGUGCUGACCAGGAUGGGUGCCGUUGAUGAUAUGAUCGCAGAUCUGCUGGUGGACAUGCUGGGCGUGCUGGCCAGCUACAGCAUCACAGUGAAGGAGCUGAAACUGCUCUUCAGCAUGCUACGUGGGGAGAACGGAGUAUGGCCAAGACACGCCAUCAAACUGCUGUCAGUGCUGAAUCAGAUGCCCCAGAGGCACGGGCCCGACACCUUCUUUAACUUCCCAGGACGCAGUGCGGCAGCCAUCGCAUUACCUCCCAUUGCAAAGUGGCCUUACCAGAAUGGUUUCACUCUCAACACUUGGUUCCGAAUGGACCCUCUCAACAAUAUCAACGUGGACAAGGAUAAACCAUACCUGUACUGCUUUCGGACCAGCAAGGGCAUCGGUUACUCUGCGCAUUUCGUCGGGAACUGUUUGAUCGUGACAUCGCUGAAGUCGAAGGGCAAGGGCUUCCAGCACUGCGUGAAGUACGACUUCCAACCUCGCAAGUGGUACAUGAUCAGCAUCGUUCACAUCUACAACCGCUGGAGGAACAGUGAGAUCCGCUGCUAUGUCAACGGUCAGCUUGUCUCCUACGGUGACAUGGCCUGGCACGUCAACACCAAUGAUAGCUACGACAAAUGCUUCCUAGGAUCUUCGGAGACAGCAGACGCCAACCGGGUGUUCUGUGGACAGCUGGGGGCCAUUUAUGUGUUUAGUGAGGCGCUCAAUCCCGCCCAGAUUUUCGCCAUCCAUCAGCUGGGUCCUGGUUAUAAGAGCACCUUCAAGUUCAAGUCGGAGAGCGACAUCCACCUGGCCGAGCACCACAAGCAGGUGUUGUACGACGGCAAGCUGGCCAGCAGCAUCUCCUUUACCUACAACGCCAAGGCCACCGACGCCCAGCUCUGCCUGGAGUCCUCGCCCAAGGAGAAUCCUUCCAUCUUCGUGCACUCGCCCCAUGCCCUCAUGCUACAGGAUGUGAAGGCCAUAGUGACACAUUCCAUCCACAGUGCCAUUCAUUCCAUUGGCGGAAUCCAGGUGCUCUUCCCGCUCUUUGCCCAGCUGGAUUACCGCCAGCAGAAUGACAGCCAAGUGGAGACCACUGUGUGUGCCACACUCCUAGCCUUCCUGAUGGAGCUGCUGAAGAGCUCCGUGGCGAUGCAGGAGCAGAUGCUGGGAGGAAAGGGCUUCCUGGUGAUCGGCUAUCUACUGGAGAAGUCGUCAAGGGUCCACAUCACCAGGGCGGUUCUUGAGCAGUUCCUGUCCUUCGCCAAAUACCUGGAUGGCCUGACCCACGGGGCACCCCUGCUAAAGCAACUAUGCGACCACAUCUUAUUCAACGCUGCCAUCUGGAUCCAUACGCCAGCCAAGGUCCAGCUAUCUCUGUAUACCUACCUCUCUGCGGAGUUCAUUGGUACAGCCACCAUCUACACCACCAUCCGCCGGGUGGGCACUGUUCUGCAGCUCAUGCACACUUUGAAGUACUACUACUGGGCUGUCAACCCGCUGGAUAGCAGUGGCAUCACACCCAAGGGCCUGGGCGGACCACGACCCUCACAGAAAGAAAUCAUAUCACUGCGAGCCUUUAUGCUGCUCUUCCUCAAACAGCUCAUCCUGAAGGAUCGAGGCGUGAAGGAGGACGAACUGCAGAGCAUCCUCAACUACCUGUUAACCAUGCACGAGGACGAGAACAUCCACGAUGUGCUGCAGCUCUUAGUCGCCCUCAUGUCUGAACAUCCCACGUCCAUGAUCCCUGCCUUCGACCAGAGGAAUGGGAUACGGGUCGUGUACAAGCUUCUGGCCUCUAAGAGCGAGAGCAUUCGGGUCCAGGCACUCAAAGUCCUCGGCUACUUCCUCAAACACCUGGGUCACAAGAGGAAGGUGGAGAUCAUGCACACCCACAGCCUCUUCACCCUUCUGGGUGAGCGCCUGAUGAUGCACACCAACACGGUCACCGUCACCACCUACAACACACUCUAUGAGAUUCUCACAGAGCAGGUGUGUACCCAGGUAGUCCACAAGCCGCAUCCGGAACCCGACUCCACUGUGAAGAUCCAGAACCCAAUGAUCCUGAAGGUUGUGGCCACCCUGCUGAAGAACUCCACCCCUAGCACCGACCUGAUGGAGGUCCGUCGCCUCUUCCUGUCUGACAUGAUCAAGCUGUUCAGCAACAGCCGUGAGAACAGGCGGUGCCUCCUCCAGUGCUCCGUCUGGCAGGACUGGAUGUUCUCCCUGGGCUACAUCAACCCCAAGAACUCUGAGGAACAGAAAAUCACGGAGAUGGUGUACAACAUCUUCCGCAUCCUGCUGUAUCAUGCCAUCAAGUACGAGUGGGGUGGCUGGCGCGUCUGGGUGGACACGCUGUCCAUUGCGCACUCCAAGGUGACUUAUGAAGCUCACAAGGAGUACCUGGCCAAGAUGUACGAGGAGUACCAGCGGCAGGAGGAGGAGAACAUCAAGAAGGGAAAGAAGGGCGCCGUCAGCACCAUCUCUGGCCUGUCUGCCCAAGCCCCCACCGUCAAUGGCGGCAUCGAGAUACGCGAGAACGAUGACGGCUCUCAGACUCAGACUCCCGAGAGCGAGGUGGACUAUCCUGAGAACGACUCGCGGAAUUUGUUGGCAGAGGGCAAGGGGUCAAGCGGUGCAGCUGGCGGGGCAGAGCGGACUGCCGUCGUUUCCACCGCCGCCGCCGGCGUGCGUGUCGAGGUACACGAUCUGCUGGUGGACAUCAAGGCGGAGAAGGUAGAGGCCACUGAAGUGAAGCUGGAUGACCUGGACAUGUCCCCAGAGACAGUGGCAGGAAGUGGGGUGGCUGAAAAUGGGGCCCUGACGGGCGUAGACUCUCUCUUGGACAGUGUGUAUUGUGCCGCUGUGGGCCAGCUGACGCCUGAGCAGAGUGUGGUAGAUGGCGAUGACUCGGCCCCGCUAAUCACGUUAGCCGACGAAAAGGAUAGUGUCCCUAGCGGUAAUGGCUUCCUAUUUGGCCGGGUACCCAGCGGUUCCGACGGGAAGCUGCUUCCUGAGCUGGCGUCAGCCGAGCCGCUGGUCCACACUGGCAGUGCCAGUGACGACUUGAGCCUGCUGGCCCACAUGACCACGGCUGGUUCUGACAUAGUAUCACCAGCCGUCACGACUCCCAGCCUCCCAGAGGACGGGGAUUUCAAGCUGCCGGCAGCUUUGGCAGACAUCAGUGCCAUCGCGGAGGCCGAAGGCACUUCGAGGGGAUCCGAACAUGAGUUGGGCACAGAAGUGGACCCCUCCUCUUCAAGGAAGGAGGGUGGGAUCGACGCAGCCAGCACCACCUCUGACACCGAACGGUCCGACGAUGGCAAGGACAAGGAGAUGAAGAAGAUCCAAACCACGGCAACGACACAGGCCCUCCACGGCCGCAUGGCCAGUCAGAUGGAGCGGGACUUGCGGGUGGACCUGGGCUUCCGGGGCAUGCCGAUGACCGAGGAGCAGCGACGCCAGUUCAGUCCGGGCCCACGGACAACCAUGUUCCGCAUCCCAGAAUUCAAGUGGUCACCUAUGCACCAGCGGCUACUGACUGACCUCCUCUUCGCCUUGGAGACAGACGUGCAUGUGUGGCGGAGCCAUUCCACCAAAUCUGUCAUGGAUUUUGUGAACAGCAAUGAGAACAUCAUCUUCGUGCACAACACCAUCCACCUCAUCUCUCAGAUGGUGGACAACAUUAUCAUUGCUUGUGGAGGCAUUCUUCCGCUGCUCUCUGCUGCCACCUCCCCUUCUAGUUCAAAGGUUAGUACGGAUGCUAGGGAUGGAAGAUCCUCUUCUGAAAAAGUGGCAAAAUGUGGAGAGGCCGCCCCCAUGUCUGGGGAUGGGGGCCUCGGGGGCGAGACGGAGCUGGAGAACAUGGAGACCACACAGGGCAUGUCCCCCGAAACUGCGGUAACCUUCCUCAGCCGCCUCAUGGCCAUGGUGGACGUGCUGGUGUUCGCCAGCUCCCUGAACUUCAGCGAGAUCGAGGCGGAAAAGAACAUGUCCUCCGGGGGGCUUAUGCGGCAGUGCUUGCGGCUGGUGUGUUGCGUGGCUGUGCGUAAUUGCCUGGAGUGCAGGCAGCGGCAGCGGGAUCGCACCACCAAGCCCCCCCUCUCCAACAACAAGGCCCAGGACAAUCCCAGCCUCCCCCCUGCCAGCAAGACUGCCAUAGAGAAUGUCCCCAGUAACCUUUCUCCCAUCAAGGACCCUGACAGACUUCUGCAGGAUGUGGACAUCAAUCGCCUCCGGGCCGUCGUCUUCCGAGACGUGGAUGACAGCAAGCAAGCCCAGUUCCUGGCCUUGGCUGUGGUCUACUUUAUCUCUGUCCUGAUGGUGUCCAAAUAUCGGGACAUUCUGGAGCCCCAGAGAGAGAUUACCAGGUCAAGCAGCCUGUCCGGACGAAGCAUCCGGCAGGAGAUCAACUCGCCCACCAGCACGGAGAACCCAUCGGCCCUAGCAGAGGUCAGCCAGGAGAAGGACAUAGGGCCUCCUCUGGAGGAGGUGCCUUUGGAGCCCUCGCUGCCACACACUGACUCUGGCAUCGGCGAGGAGCAGGUGUCCGCCAUGCUCAACGGCUCAGACGUGGAGCAGGCUGCUGCCGUCCCGUCGGCCGCGGCCGCCUCUGUUACCUUGGUGGGGCCUGUGGUCGGGGGCCCGGACGCCAUGAGUGAGCUGCUGGGCACGCUGUCUUCAGAAGUACACAAGUCUCGUGAGAGUCUGGCCGAGUCGCCCGCCGUGGGUGUGGCGGUCAUGGAGGCCCUCAAGCCUGCCCCGUCCAUCUCCAGCAUCUCCCAGGCCAACAAAGGAAUCAACGUGAAGGAGAUCCUGAAAAGUCUGGUGGCGGCCCCUAUGGAGGGCCCUGAGGCAGGCCCCGAGCCCCUGCCCUACCCAGAUCCUGCCAUUAAGAGGGAGGCGCAGGCCACCCUUCCCAUGCAGUUCCACUCCUUCGAUCGGAGCGUGGUGGUGCCGGUGAAGAAGCCGCCCCCCGGCAGCCUGGCUGUCAACACGGUGGGCACGCCCACCGCCGGUGGGGGCGCGGCUUCCGGAAGCACCCCCAACAUCUUUGCUGCGGCCACAGCCACGCCCAAAAGCAUGAUCAACACCACAGGUGCCACAGACUCUGCCUCCACUUCUUCUUCGUCCUCCAGCUUCGUAAAUGGAGCCACUAGCAAGAACUUACCAGCCGUGCAGACUGUAGCACCCAUGCCUGAGGACACUGUGGAGAACAUGAGCAUCACCACCAAGCUGGAGCGAGCCCUGGAGAAGGUGGCCCCUUUGCUAAGGGAGAUCUUUGUGGACUUUGCCCCCUUCCUGUCACGCACCCUGCUGGGGAGUCAUGGCCAGGAGCUGCUCAUAGAAGGUACAGGCCUGGUAUGCAUGAAGUCCAGCACUUCGGUGGUUGAACUGGUCAUGCUGCUGUGCUCACAGGAGUGGCAGAAUUCCAUCCAGAAGAAUGCAGGCCUGGCCUUCAUUGAGCUCAUCAACGAGGGGCGCCUGCUGUGCCACGCCAUGAAGGACCACAUUGUGCGCGUGGCUAAUGAAGCAGAGUUCAUCCUCAAUCGGCAACGGGCCGAGGACGUCCACAAGCACGCCGAGUUUGAGUCCAACUGCGCGCAGUAUGCAGCGGACAGGAAGGAGGAAGAGAAGAUGUGCGAUCACCUGAUCAGCGCCGCCAAGCACCGGGACCAUGUGACGGCUAAUCAGCUGAAGCAGAAGAUCCUCAAUAUCCUGACAAACAAGCACGGGGCGUGGGGCUCCCUUUCUCAGAGCCAACUACAUGACUUCUGGCGCUUGGACUACUGGGAGGACGACCUGCGGAGACGGCGCCGGUUCGUCCGCAACGCCUUUGGCUCCACCCACGCCGACGCCACACUGAAGGCCCUGGAAGAUUAUGGUUCUGAGGAUGACGAUGUAGUCCGGUCCAAGAAGGGCUUCCGCAGCCAGACAGUGGUCAACCAGAAUCCGGAUACAGAGCUUAUGCUGGAAGGGGAUGACGAUGCUGUCAGUCUGCUGCAGGAAAAGGAGAUGGACAAUCUAGCAGUGCCUUUUCGUCCACACGUGUUUAUCUCCAGAGGGCCCGUAGUCCUCAGCACCCCUGCUCAGCUUGUGGCCCCGGUCGUAGUAGCUCGCGGCACGCUUUCCAUCACCACAACCGAGAUCUAUUUCGAGGUGGACGAAGAUGACCCCGCAUUCAAGAAGAUCGACGCAAAAGUCUUGGCGUACUCCGAGGGCCUGCAUGGCAAGUGGAUGUUCAGCGAGAUCCGGGCAGUCUUCUCCCGCCGCUACCUGCUGCAGAACACCGCCCUGGAGGUCUUUAUGGCCAACAGAACUUCAGUGAUGUUCAACUUCCCAGACCAGGCCACGGUAAAGAAGGUGGUCUACAGCCUACCGAGGGUGGGUGUAGGGACCAGCUACGGCCUUCCCCAAGCCAGACGGAUUUCUUUAGCCACCCCGCGGCAGCUCUUUAAGUCCUCCAACAUGACCCAGCGUUGGCAGAGGCGAGAGAUUUCCAACUUUGAGUAUCUCAUGUUCCUCAACACCAUUGCAGGACGGACCUACAAUGACCUGAACCAGUACCCUGUCUUUCCCUGGGUCCUUACCAACUACGAGUCUGAGGAGCUGGAUCUCACCCUGCCCGGGAACUUCAGAGAUCUCUCAAAGCCUGUUGGGGCCUUGAACCCCAAGCGUGCAGUCUUCUACGCAGAGCGGUACGAGACCUGGGAGGACGAGCAGACCCCUCCCUACCAGUACAUCUCCCUGUAUUCUACAGCCUCCACCACACUGCACUGGCUCGUCAGGAUAGAACCAUUUACCACAUUUUUCCUCAAUGCCAACGAAAACAAGUUUGACCAUCCUGACCGCACCUUCUCCUCCAUCUCACGCUCCUGGAGAACCUGCCAGCGGGACACCUCUGAUGUCAAGGAGCUCAUCCCUGAGUUCUACUACCUCCCGGAAAUGUUUGUCAACAGCAAUGGGUACAACCUGAGCCAGAGGGAGGAGCGGGCAGUGGCGGGCGACGUCGGGUUGCCCCCCUGGGCCAAGAAGCCGGAGGACUUUGUCCGUAUCAACCGGAUGGCCCUGGAAAGCGAGUUUGUGUCCUGUCAGCUCCAUCAGUGGAUUGACCUAAUUUUCGGCUACAAGCAGCGGGGCCCCGAAGCAGUGCGCGCCCUCAACGUCUUUCACUACAUGACCUAUGAGGGCUCCGUCAACCUGGACAGCGUCACUGACUCUCUGAUGAGAGAGGCAACGGAGACCCAGAUCCAGACCUUGGGACAGACCCCCUCUCAAUUGCUAAUUGAGCCCCACCCACCCAGGAGUUCCGCCAUGCACUUGUGUUUCCUUCCACAGAGCGCCCUCAUGUUCAAGGACCAGAUGCAGCAGGACGUCAUCAUGGUGCUGAAGUUCCCGUCCAACUCGCCGGUCACCCACGUGGCGGCCAACACGCUGCCCCACCUCAGCGUCCCCGCCGCCGUCACCGUCACCUGCAGCCGCCUCUUCGCCGUCAACCGCUGGCACAACACCGUGGGUCUCAGGGGAGCUCCAGGUUACUCUCUGGAACAGGCUCAUCAUUUGCCGAUUGAAAUGGACCCUCUGAUUGCUAAUAAUUCUGGGAUCAACAAAAGGCAGAUCACAGACCUGGUGGACCAGAGCAUCCAGAUCAACACACACUGUUUCGUGGUGACGGCCGACAACCGUUACAUCCUGGUGUGCGGCUUCUGGGACAAGAGCUUCCGCGUCUACUCCACGGAGACGGGGAAGCUGACCCAGAUCGUGUUCGGCCACUGGGAUGUGGUGACGUGCCUGGCCCGCUCCGAGUCCUACAUCGGGGGCGACUGUUACAUCGUGUCAGGGUCCCGGGAUGCCACACUGCUGCUGUGGUACUGGAGCGGAAGGCACCACAUCAUCGGGGACAACCCCAACAACAGUGACUACCCCGCUCCGAGAGCGGUCCUGACUGGCCAUGAUCAUGAGGUGGUCUGUGUGUCAGUCUGCGCUGAGCUGGGCCUGGUCAUCAGCGGGGCCAAAGAGGGGCCCUGCCUGGUGCACACUAUCACAGGGGACCUGCUGAGGGCCCUUGAGGGCCCUGAGCACUGUGUGAGGCCUCGUCUCAUCGCCGUGUCCAGUGAGGGCCACUGCAUCAUCUACUAUGAGCGAGGCCGCUUCUGCAACUUCAGCAUCAACGGCAAGCUGCUGGCUCAGAUGGAGAUCAGCGACUGCACUCGGGCCAUCCUUCUGAGUAGCGAUGGACAAAACCUAGUGACAGGAGGGGACAAUGGGGUGGUGGAAGUGUGGCAAGCCUGCGAUUUUAAGCAACUCUACAUCUACCCUGGGUGUGACGCCGGCAUCCGUGCCAUGGACCUAUCUCACGAUCAAAGGACGCUGAUCACAGGAAUGGCCUCUGGGAGCAUCGUGGCGUUUAACAUCGAUUUUAACCGAUGGCAUUACGAGCACCAGAACCGGUACUGAUGGAGGAGCAGAACGUGCUGGGCUGUAAUCUCACUCCCUUAAUAAACCCCCCACUCCCCUCACACCUCGGGGGGCCAUGGCCGGGUGGGUAGUGGAUCCCCCCCGGGCAACCUGGAAAGAAACUGACAUGAGAGAGAGGAAUAAUCGAGAAACACAAAACUCACACAAUUAAAAAAGACAUUUAACGAAGUGUGACAUAUUUACCAAGACUUCAGUGAACUUCCCAGCUGACAUCCUCUAGGGCCCGGUGAUAGAUAUCAGGUCUAAACGGCUCCACCUUUUCUUUUCUGCGUGUUUAUUUCUGCUCUCCUCAGCUGCACACCAGCUGCGUUUCUCUUAGUGCUGCAUGUUCACAGGGAACGUGGUCAGACCACCAUGGUCCAUGUGGUUUCAAACCUGGGGAGGAUGGUCAUUCCUGACAGAAGUACACAUGAGAGUGAUGAAAGUGAAUGUUACAGGUGUGCAAGAAUUUCACCAAAGACACCUGUCCUGUUGUCUUAUCUAGUCGUAGUACAACGUUUCAAAUAUUUCCCCAGUGAUUGGUGUCCUACCCUGCACCUUUAUACCCUCGGACACGUCUGAACUCAAAGAGAUGUCUGUCAAACUCCCCUUUUAGUAGAAAAGUUGUAUUUUGACAGACAUCCUUUGGAUCGGCGUACUGAGAUUCUGAGGGCAGAUUACUCAGGGGACCGAUUUCACACAUCACUGUGGGCACAGUGGUCAAAUAUACAGUGAGAGAAGCCAGUUUACUUUGGAUCCUUAUGUUUCUGAGAUAUAAUAGUCUGGCAGUGUCACCUCCGUGACAUAAAAAGAAAUAGAUGUCUGGGGGGCGAAGUUUGUUCCUCUACUUCAACAUAACAUUAUUUGUGGGAUUUUUUCAGGACAGGAAAAAGCUCAUCGUGAAGUUGCGUUUUCUUGUUAAUUUUUUCUUGUCUUGUCAAACUUUAUUUAUUACUCAUUUACUAUAAGUAAAAUAUUUUACUGUUGUGAUGAAGGUGAAAAAGAUGGUAACUGACGAUAAUGAAGGUCUGUGUCUGACGAACGCUCAGUGGAAGUCACCUGAAAAAAAAACGUCUUUUACUGUAUCUGGUGGCCGUGCUGCCAUGGAGUACUGUACUUAGGGUACACCUGUAGCCAGCUGCCAUGGAGUACUGUACUGUACCUGUAGCUAGUUUCCCAUCUGCAUACAGUAUGACAAGCGAGUUGAAAUCCCAGUGAACUGAUGAAGUGGCAUUGGCAGUGGACAGUCUGGGCAUAUGUUAAUAAUUGACACACCUGAUUAUCUGUCAGUCCCCCAGUGUUGCCCUGGACUCCUUAAGGUUUUCAGGUGAAAAGUUCUAAGUUUGGAGUAACAACCCAGACCUUGACUCGGUGAAACUGCUGCGUGAAUUUCCCAUCAGCUUCACAGAUCCGCUUCAUUGCCGUUAGUCUCUUUGGAUGUAAAAACACGGAUGCUGGGGUUCACUAUUUAAGUCCUGGGCAGAGCACACUUCUGUUUGGACGAACUGAAGCCCAAUACAACCAUGGGAUGGUAAGCAAUAUCAAGUUUUGUAGCGUAGGGUGUGCAGACAUAGAUAGGGUGGGGUUUAUGGUUCGUGCGGGGGGAGGGUGGGUCGAUGGUGUAAACAGAGGAACAUGUCUGCACCCACACACAGAUGUACGUGGACACACACAACCACACUUGAAGAUGGUUGAUCGCAUCCGAAAGUGAUGAACUGAACUGUUUUUUGUUUUGGGUUUUUUUGGAUCUGUAUAAUCCUAAAGCUACUGUAACCAUGUUUUACUGCAAAGAUGUAAAAUAGGGCGUGUGAAUUCAAAGUUAAAAAAAGACAAAUAAAAUAUGCAAAGUACCUGAUGAUUCGCCUUCUUUGCCGUAGGUAUUUGUACAGAGGUCAUCCCAGACUGAACACAGUGACGUCUUUGCAUGGUAAUGAGGCUGAUGGGUCAGGACUGUACAGUUAAUUUGGUUUAUUUAUAUAUUUUUGCUUUAUAAUUUGAAAGUCAUGCAAUCCCACUGCAUUUCAUUUUUAAAUGGUGCACUGGUUGGGAUAUAUUCUAAUAUAAGAGCGGCACUUUCUGUUAUCUUAAAGUACUGUUUUGUUUUGUAAUUAAUACCAUUUGGUUGGAAAAUACUUCUGAUUGCAUAAGUUAAGUCUCUACCUGCUGUUUUAUGUGUACGUCGAAACAUAAAUUUACACGAAGUGUUUGUUCAGAAUCGGUUAAAUAUUAACUGAUGCCAAUAUAUAAAGAUCAAUAACUGUAAAUUAAAAGAACAUGGUUUCCUUUUUGUCGUAUUUAUAAUAAAACAAUCAAAAACAA